AUCUAUGUGAGGUUGCAUUUACAUCAGGUUGUCUUCAAGUGGUUGUUAUUGAUACAUUGUUUAUCAAUGUAUAACUUUAUUGACUAUGCAAACUAUACAAUAUAUUACGCAGACACGUUAUUAAUCCUCUGUUGAUACUUCACUGUUAUCGGCAAAGAUAUAUUACAACGCUUAUCAUAAGUGACCUUUGAGUCAAUGCUACAUGAAGAGUUGAAUUCUCUUCUUACAAUUUAUCUGCCAUACGGUAUUAAUUAGAAACUGUUUAUUUUCCUCCAUCAAUUAUAAUAUUCAAUAGUGCAACUUACAAUUUAAUUUCACCAACAUAAAUCUUCGUUCCGUAAUGUUACUUCAAGAAUUUUCACAUUUGCAAAUGUAUCCUGAGAUGAAAGUGGAGCCCUCGAGUCCAACUGGGAGGAUUCCGUAUUCGCGAUCGAGUAGUGCCGGCUCACUGCACACACACCACAACGCAGGCGGAAACAUGAGCAGCAGUAGUGGACACGAAGACGAUGACAGUGACAACAAGGGCACAGCGUUGUCGUACAAAGAGAGACGGCGAGAGGCGCACACGCAGGCAGAGCAAAAGAGACGGGAUGCCAUCAAGAAGGGGUAUGACUCGCUGCAGGACCUGGUGCCCACUUGCCAGCAGACUGACGCCUCCGGCUACAAGCUCAGCAAGGCCACUGUCCUACAGAAGUCCAUCGACUAUAUACAGUUUUUGCUGCAGCAAAAGAAGAAGCAGGAGGAGGAGAGGAAUUCGUUGAGGAAAGAGGUGGUGGCGCUGAGGAUCAUGCAGUCCAACUACGAGCAGAUGGUGAAGGCACAGCAGACGCAGCAAGGCCACACCCAAGCCACAGUCUCUGACGAGCUCAAGUUUCAAGUGUUCCAAAACAUUGUGGAUCAGUUGUUCAUCUCCUUCAGCAGUAUAUCUGUCACUAAUUUCGCAGAAUUAUCAGCAUGUGUCUUCAGUUGGCUGGAAGAGCAUUGCAAACCUCAGACCCUCCACGAAAUGGUGAUGAAUGUAUUACAGCGAUUGAAUUUCUCCAGACUUCCACCUCCGUCGUCAUCCUCAGCCACACAUUGAGUAAUUACUCAACAAUCACAUGCAGCUCACUUAUUGAAUAAUAGCUUAGUUAUCCUAGAGUGGGGAUAAAGUUUUAUCCAAUAAUUGCUACAUAAUAGUGCCUAUAUUAUUAUUAUUUUAAUUCAGAACAAUGUUGUGGUACAUUAGUCAUAAUCAACUCAACUAAUCGAUCAUCAAAGAAAAUCAUAUCUGGGAUCUACUAUAUUUGGAUUAAAUUUGUCUUACUUUUUUGGGCAGACAAUACAUUGUAUAUAAAUCGAUUGAAUGUGAUGAGUCUGUUGAAAUAUUAUAGCUCAAUAGCUCACAAAAAGUUAUAUAUUGUCUGUGAACUAAUAUGAGAGUUUGUGAAUAAAACUGUAUGCUUAGAAUUUGUAAGUGUAUGUACUGUAAUGCAAUGUACACCAUAUUUUUACAAAUUGUUGAGGUAACAGAAUCAUAAUAGUUUUAGAUUUUUGCAAAAGAAAAUUAUCGAAUAGGUAAUUGAUGUGUUUCUAUAAAUAAUAUGUUAAAUGCUUCUAUAUUUGAGCUCAGUACAAAAUAAAUAAUUGUAGAGUACUUUUUAAUCCAGUAUUUUCUGUUACACUAGUGACCGUUGCUUUUCAUUUACUAAAAAAUAAGUAAAUAAUACAUAGGCCUACAUCAUUGAUCUGUGAUAGAACAAUCUUAACGUGUCUUUGUCAAAUAUUUUCCAAAAAUCAACUGUGAAACAAUUCAUAUUGUGAUAAAUAAUAUAAGAAUAAUUCACUUCAAAUUUAUAAAAUCAGCACACAGUGCCAAUUUAAAAGAAGUACAUUGUAUGAUAGUUAUUGAAGAUUAUGUGUAAAUAUAUAUAUUUGGUGUUCGUAUUGAAUAUUGUGUACAUAAAACAAAAGGUAAACCGAUAUUCAAAUUUUAACCAAUAGUUUCUAAAUGAGAUUCUCUAUUUUUUUAUUCUUCUUGCCAUUAUAACAGUGAUAGCUAGAAAGGAAAAUAAAAAUCUCAGUGCCCUUUUUGAAUUAUUUUAUCACAAUAUGUGAUUUAUAAUAAUCAUUUAAUAUGUGAUUAAAUAAUUCAAAAAAGGUACUGAGAUUUUUAUUUUCCUUUCUAUUUUUAUUACAAGUAGCCCUAUACAGAAAAUAUAUAAACAGUGAUAGCUAUCUUACUGUCAAAUAAACCGUUUAUCUUUGAAAUAAUGCUUUACUAAAUUAAGUGCAAUAAUACAUCAUUUCUAUAAUAAGUAGUAGACUCAAUUGGACACCUCCCCUUAACUUCCUCAUUUUCACCAUGAAAAAAGUGAUUUAUUUUUCAAGUAUGAACAAAUCAAUAUCCACAUUCUUUUUUUUAUUGAUUGAUUGUAAGACUUCUUUCUCUAAUUCUGAAGUUCAAUUGUUGGACUUGUAGUUUUUCUAUCAUAUAACUUAAACAGCCUAUUAGAUUUUCGCAUUCUGUUCAACAAGAUAUCUCACUUUUACUUCUGGUGUCCUCAUCACGAUCCUAGGAACGGAGAGUUCUACCACAUUAUCAAGUGAAAAUGCUCGGUGGGCAAUUUUCUGAGAGGUUUCAUCAUCUCUUUCCUUGAGCAGUAUUCGAACUAUGAUAAUCCCUAUAUAUUUGUCGGGUAAUUUCACCUUUUCCAACUUCUUGGGAUGUUUAGAUCACUGAAUAUUUGGGAUCGUAGGAAGGAAUUUAUCAAACUGUUUUGUUAUUUUCAUUUUUUAUAUCUUAUAAUUUUCCCCUCUUUUCCAUUAUGUUAAAUAAAAAACUUGAUGAAAUGCCAAAAUAUAAUAAUGUUAAAUAUAAUGACUUCUAGUACGGUAGUAGAAUAACUUGAUGCUUAUUUGUGUAGCUUUUUAUGAAAUAAUACUGAUCUGUAGUAGGCUACCUGAACCAAUCAAAGAGGCUUAAUUGAAACUUUUUUAAAUGGUUAGUAACACGCAAAUUGAAACAUUCAAUGAAUCAAAUUUUCCGGGCAAGUCUAUCGUGUAUAAUAAUAGAAUAGUUUUUGAUUGCCGUAUUUUUGUUGUUUCUCUCCCAAUCAUUGUUUUGAUGUUGUGUUUGUGAAAAUGAAAUAAUAAAAAAAUACGGUAGCCUAUACUGUACACAUUGAUUAAUUAUUUUGUUAUUUUAUUGAUGUUACUGCAAGUUUUUGUGUAAGUGUAAUGAACAUUUAAAAGCUGUUGUCUAGUUAUUGAAA